UCUCUCUCUCUCUCUCUCAUCUUUGCUGGCCGGUAUCCUGCUUGCCAAAGCUAAACAAAAUAGUGAUCUUUUGAAGUUGGGAGGGCACGUACUUCUUUGAAAGUUAGUACCAUAUACUUUUUUUUCUUCUUGAAAAUGCAUUUGUUUCGAAUUCACUUUCUCUGACGUGUAUUUAACGCGAGUGUCGAUUUUAAGUUUCUUAGGCUCUUUCUCAUUCUAUCAAUGUUCGAUCGUGAUCACUACUACUAUUGCAUGUAUUCCAUCUCAAUGCAUUCAGUGCCAUUUUUUUUGCUUGCAUUUUUCUCCCUGAAAAAGAAAUGUUUGGAUUAGCCUGAUUUGGAGAAGAUUUUCCCAGAGAAUGCAGAGUAAGAUGGGAGAGAUGGGUGGGUUUCAGUUAGGUGUGAUGGGUGCUUUGUUCCUUUCAGUGGCUUCAUCAGUCUCCAUAGUCAUCUGCAACAAGGCCUUGAUGAGUAAUCUUGGUUUUCCUUUCGCUACAACACUCACUAGUUGGCACCUGAUGGUAACAUAUUGUUGUCUUCAUGUGGCUUUACGCUUGAAUUUCUUCGAGAACAAGGUGAUCGACAUGAAAACCGUGGUUCUUUUCGGGAUUCUGAAUGGAGUUUCGAUUGGAUUUUUAAACCUCAGCUUGGGGUUUAACUCCAUUGGCUUCUAUCAGAUGACAAAACUUGCCAUCAUACCCUUCACUGUCCUGUUGGAAACUCUGUUCUUGAAAAAGCAAUUCAGGCUAAAAAUUAAGUUCUCCCUAUCAAUCUUGCUACUCGGUGUCGGCAUUGCAUCUGUGACUGAUCUCCAGCUGAACAUCGUAGGCUCGAUUCUCUCCCUUUUAGCCAUCAUAACAACUUGUGUCGGCCAAAUCCUGACGAACACGAUACAGAAGAGACUAAACGUGUCGUCUACCCAGCUAUUGUAUCAGUCGGCUCCAUUUCAAGCAGCAAUUCUGUUCGUGUUGGGACCUUUCUUAGACCGAUUCCUCACCAAACAGGACGUUUUUGCCUACAAAUAUUCUCCCAUUGUUUUGGGAUUCAUACUGCUCUCGUGCUUGAUUGCCGUGUUUGUAAACUUUAGCACGUUCUUAGUAAUCGGCAAGACUUCACCAGUUACCUAUCAAGUUCUGGGGCAUCUCAAAACAUGCCUUGUUCUUGCCUUUGGCUAUACGCUAUUGCACGACCCUUUCACUGCUAGAAACAUUAUCGGCAUACUCAUUGCCAUUAUUGGCAUGGGUUUAUAUUCCUACUUUUGCACAAAUGAGACCAAAAGGAAACACGAUGGGGACGUUAAAGAGAAGAGUACAACACCUCUUCUGGUGAGCCCUCAGGACAAAGAAGCUAAGGCCUCACUUGUUUGAGCUUAGAUAUUGGUGUUUGAUUAGGCUUCGGAGUGUAAUGCAAUUUUAUUCUUUUGAUUAAGAAAUCUCUUGUGGACAUUUCCAUUAUAGCACAAAAGAAGAAAAUUGUGAUUAAAAAGACACAAGUGUUACAUUUUUUAUAUGGUCUGAUAGGAUCAAUCACGUGUUUUUUGCUUCACUUUGAAUAUUACUAGUAAAGUGCACAUGCGGUGACGUGAUACAUGAUUUAUAUUUUAAUGCGAU